AUGACAGCCCUACGCCCGAGUCUCUGGUACUCUUCCAGGAUUGUCUCAUCCGUCUCCAGUUGCGCAGGACCAAGCUUUCCUCAACCUGGCAAUAAAGUCGUUGCACUGUCUCCCAGCAUAGAGCAUAGAGAAAUGUCCUCGGUCGUAGACAAGAUUUCGUCUGCAACGAGCAGCGCCGUCGAAGCUGUGACGUCGCGUUUGACGCCCAUGCAUCCACUUGCAAGAUCCGGCUUCGAUCUCUCCGGUGCAUCAGGGCUGUACGAUCGAGCUCGUCCGUCCUACCCCACAGAGGCCAUCGAGGCCAUCUUGACGGCACCUACUGCCAGAACGAAUGGCAAGAAGAGCAAGCUGAGCAUCGUAGAGCUUGGCUCGGGCACAGGCAUCGCUACUCGUGCUCUGCUCGCUCAAUCAAACGAUAGGAUUGCGAAAUUGGUGGCUGUAGAACCUAGCAUCGGCAUGAGACAGGGCUGGGAAAAGGCCAUUGCUCCAGUCCGGCAAACCUUACACGACGUCGAGCUCAAGACUGUUGACGGUGCUUUCGAGAACAUCAAUGCUGGUCAUGACAAUGAUAUUGUGCUCGUGGCGCAAGUGAGUACAGAGAUGAUGUUGCCGCGUGUUGAAAGUGAUCUUUGGUGGCUGUUGACCGAAUGCUUGUGCCCUUGUCGAAGGCCUGGCACUGGACGCGCGAUUUUUCGAAAGCAAUCGCCGAAAUUUCUUCCACUCUAAGGCCAGGCGGAGGUAUGUGGAUUGAUGUCUCUGUAGCGCGUACAAAGGGCCUCGAGAGAACGCUCAACGGUGAUUCCUCCUACAGUGUUUGCUCUGAUGUGGAAUCUCGAGGACCGAGAUGCUGGUGAGUCAAAGGGGUCGGGUGUGCGCUUUGGCUGGGAGGUCUAAGGUGAUGAUGACGUCUGCUUCACUUAGCUUCCUGGGUCGCUGGCCUCAGAGAUCACUACGAGCAGUAUGAGAAUGAUACACCCCAGUGUAAGUAGUUCGCAGGAUUCCAAAUGCGUUGCCCUAAUAGCAACAGGCUGACAGAGUCAUGAGCCCUCCGUAGACCGCCGAAUGCUCUGGCGUGAGCCAACAUAUGCCGCUCCAGCGCUGAAAGAUUUCGAUCAUCUCGAGCCAUUAGCUUUCUGUCGCGAGCUGCCAACGACCAUCGAAGGUGUCACUGACCGACUCCUGAGCAAGUCGUGAGUGUGCUCUAUCUUGAGCAUCUGCGGCGUAAACCCUCGCUGAUGUACGACCUAAUGGGUCACGGCAGCUACAUUUCGGUGCUCGAGGAACCGGAAAAGACGAAGCUCAUUGAUAGCUGCCGGAAAGUGGUGGAAUCGUCUCCGGACCGUAAAUGGCUCGACAAGGAGAAAGGCAUCUUUGCCUACGUGAGCAUCUGGUCUAUCGACAUAGGAAAAGCACACCCAAUCGUGUCCACGUGCUAAACUUUGAGAUUCGUCCCUUGCGCUCUCCAUGUUGCUCAGCCAUACAAGACGGGUCAGUUGCGCUCAUGCUUUCAUUUCAAACUGCCUGCUGACUUGACAUGUUCUGCACACAGACCUGCUGUUGUUCCGAAAAAAGUGA